AUGACUGCCUUUCUAAAAUCUUGUUGUAAAGGUUUUCUACGAAAAAAGUUAAUAAUAAGAACAAGUUUUAUUGAGAAAGUGACUCACAUUGUUUCGGGUUAAUUGUUCCAAUGUUUAUUGAAAUGGACUGUUUUUCUUAAUAUAGUAAAUUUGUCGUUAUUGAAAUAAUGGCAAAAGAAUGUCCAAAUUGUGGGAAAUUGACAAACACUACCCAAACAAGACUUGUAAAAGAUUCUUGUGGUCAUACAAAAUGUCGAAUGUGUUUAUUGCACGAGGAGUAUGGUUGUAAAUCUUGUGACAGCGAGAAACAGUUCCAGCAAAUUGGUAGUUUUGAUUAUCCAGUUCGACGUCUUUCGAAACCAAAUAAAACAGAAAUUGAAAAUUCAGAGUCAUCGAAUAGUAAUACGUCAACGAAACAUGAAAAUCUUUUAGUCAAUAAAUUAAUAAACUACGAAUUUACACCCUGCGAUCUCUCGACUGAAAAAGAGAAACCAAAUUUUACAGUAAAUACCGAGACAGUUUCCUAUGCAAUUGAAAACGACUCUGUAGAAAUUGACGAUUGGAGUUUAAAAAUUGAUGAGGAAAGUAAAAGUGAUGAGACUGAAGUUUUAGCCCUCACGAAGGAUAAUAAUCCAGAUAAUGAAGAUAGUGGGAAGGAGAAGGCUUUAAAAAAUAGGCGUAAAUUCGUUGAUCGAAGUCAUAUAUCAAUAUUACCUGGUUCCCCGGAAAGAUAUAAAUGUGACGCAUGUGGAAAAAUUUUUCGAAGCAAAAAAGGAACUUGCUAUCAUGAUUCCUGUGUAACAGGAAUUCGACCAUAUCAAUGCACUCUGUGUAACAGAAGUUUUGUAAAACGAUCUCAUUUUGAAUAUCACGAGAGAACUCACACUGGAUACAAACCAUUCAAAUGCACUCUUUGCGACAAAGCUUUUAUCCAAAAUAAUAAACUCAAUCGACACAUGCUAUCGCAUAGUAAAUUGAAACCGUUUACAUGCAACAAUUGUGGAAACUCUUAUCGAAAGAAGGACGAUCUUAAAUAUCACAUGACUAUUCAUUCCUCAACGGCACCGACUCCUUUUCAGUGUAAAAUAUGCGGAAAGACAUUCAGAGUUUCAUCAAAUUUAAAACGACAUGUUCUCAUUCACUCCAACGAUAGACCUCACGUUUGUGAUCAGUGUAAUAAAGGCUUUAAAGAUAAAUCUUUACUGAAACGGCAUGAAAGAAUUCAUGAGAAAGAACGACCGUUUUCCUGCGCUCACUGCUCAAGAUUUUUCUUAUCCAAAUCGGAAUUAAGACGACAUAUGACAACACAUUCAAGUGAAAAACCAUUUUCGUGUCGAUUCUGCAAAACAGAUUUUCGACGAAAAGAUAAUUUAAAUCGACACAUAAGACACCAUCAUUCGGAAGAGAGUGUCUCGUGUGAAAAUACUUCAUCGAUAUUGAGUACAGAAACCAUGCAUAAGAAUUCUCUGAAACAAAAAUCGAAGAAAUCGAAAAAAUCCUCGACAAUUGCUUCUUCAAAUUCGAAAACAUUAAAAAAAGACUCUUCAGACUUUACAAAUUCAUUAAAUCAAAUUAAUUCCCGACUCGAUUCGAUGGGAAAUAUUACUCCAGUUAUCAGAACUACUGGCGAACUUAGCAACGCAGUCCCCGUAAUCAAUGGACCAAUUAGCAUAAAGAAAUUUGUGGAAAACACAGAAACUCGGAAGAAAACUUUCACCUAUAUUGAGCCAAUACCACUUGCCGAGGCUGUGGUUAUAAACAAAAGAAUCGAGGAAAAAUUAUAUCAACAAAAUACAACUAAUUAUUUUUUUCGUAAUUAUUCCACUUCAAGUAGAUCUAAUUUAGCCAACAGUUCGAAUUUUCACUCAAAAAGUGAUUCUGAAAAAUUAUCGUCCAAUCAGACUGAUAAAAAUUGUGUAAAAUUAAAAACUAAGGAUUCAAACGUCAAUGGUGUUGAAUUUAAAAUUUCUAAUUUAGAGAAGGAAAAAAUUAGUUCUGAACAAAAUUUGUCGCAGACAUUUAAUAGAAAUUCUGGCGAUUCACAAAAUGCAACAUUUUGCAAUGAAAAAGUCUCGAAUUCAAGGCAUGAAAACGAGCAGUCAAAUUAUGUGUCAACAAUAAAGCACAUCGUUCAUCCGGAGAGUGAGAUUGAAUCCAGCUCUGACGUGAAAGAGUUGCAAAAAACGUACAGCAAACAUUGGAGACGCAGAACUGCUGAAACGUUAAAACCAAAUUCUAAAUAGAGAGUUACAUUUAGAAAAAGAGCGAAAAGAGUAACUCUAGGACUUUAAACUAUUUGAA